AUCUGCACAGUGAAGCACUAGUCAAAGCAGGGCGCUCGUCUCUUUUUGAGGAAGCUUGAUUUCUCCCAAAAACGUCGAGAGGCACCAGUGUGUACGGGACCUGACGUGACGCGGCAGUGGGGCUGGCUCUUUUCCUUCCACUCUCUGCCUGCAUUCAAAAACGGAUAUGAUAAACCAGCGCUGCUGAAUGCGCCGGAGCAGCGACAACAAGUCAGCUCUGAACCAUGGCGGAAGAGGACGACGCGACGGUUCGGAUUUUACAGAGCCUGCGGGGUAAAAUAUGUGAAGCUAAGAACCUUUGUCCAGUCUCGGGUCCAAACCGACAACGGGAUCUCUGCACCUUUUGCACCAUAAGUCUGGAUCAGGAAGAGGUUUUCCGCACCAAGGUGUUUGACAAAAGCGUCAGCCCGUUCUAUGGAGAGGACUUCUACUUUGAGAUCCCACGUUCAUUUCAGGGUUUGUCCUUCUAUGUUUAUGCCAAAAGCGUGUUCCAAAGGGACCCACCUGUUGGAAAGGUGUCAAUCCGGAAGGAUGACUUGUGUAAAUACAGUGGGAAGGAGCACUGGUUUAGCCUUCAUCCAGUGGAUCCCAACUCAGAAGUCCAGGGUAAGGUUCACUUGGAGAUGCGAUUGAAUGAGGUGAUCACAGUGAGCGGCUCAAUGGGUCAACACUUACUAGUCCGGAUAAUAGAGUGCCAGGGACUGCCUUUGAUCAGUGGGCAGAAUUGUGACCCCUAUGCCACCGUGUCACUCGUUGGACCUGCCAGGGCUGACCAAAAGAAAACGAAGGUAAAGAAGAAAACCAGCAACCCUCAAUUUGAAGAGACCUUCUCCUUUGAGGUCACAAGGUCCGGCAGCUACUCUAAGAAGUCUCAUUUCCAAGUGGAAGAGGAGGACAUUGAAAAACUUGAGAUCAAAGUUGACUUGUGGAACAAUGAGAAUCUGGCUCAGGAUGUGUUUCUGGGGGAGACGCGGGUCCCGGUCAAGAUCCUUGGGAAUAGCCACGUCCACAAAGCCUGGUAUCUCCUCCAGCCCAAAGGGAACGGCAGCAAGUCCAAGUCUGAUGAUUUGGGAUCCUUGCGUUUGAAGCUGACCUACAUAGAAGACACAGUGCUGCCAUCUGCCUGCUACACACCACUCUGCAACCUGCUGCUCAAAUCCCCAGAUGUGAAGCCCAUCUCGGCGUCGGCCGCACACAUCUUGGGGGACAUCUGCAGAGAGCGGUACGAGGCUGUUCUGCCCACGGUUCGACUGCUGCUCCACCACAAUCGCUUUGUGCCUUUUGUCUCUGCUGUGGCAGCACUAGAGCUGGACAACACUCAGGAGGCUAACACUAUAUUCCGUGGCAACUCACUGGCAACACGCUGCAUUGAUGACAUGAUGAAGAUUAUGGGAAAGAAUUAUCUGGCAGUUACCCUGAAGCCUGUAAUAGAUGAGAUUUGUGAAUCCAACAAAACAUGCGAGAUAGACCCCGUUAAACUGAAGGAAGGUGACAACACGGAAGUCAACAAGGAGAACCUUCAGGGUUACGUCCAGAAAGUCUUUUCCUCCAUCACCCAGUCAAGUUCCAGCUGUCCCCCACUUAUGUGUGAUGUCUUCAGGUCACUGAGACACUUGGCCUGCAAACGCUUCCCCGCCGACCCACAUGUUCAAUACUCGGCCGUUAGCAGCUUUGUUUUCCUGCGAUUCUUCGCCGUCGCUGUUCUUUCUCCCCACUCCUUCCAGCUCCGUUCCCACCAUCCUGACCCUGAGGUUUCCCGCACACUCACACUCAUCUCAAAAACAAUCCAGACGCUGGGCAGCUGGGGUAGUUUGUCGAAAAAAAUGUCUAGUUUCAAAGAAACCUACAUGUACGACUUCUUCAAAUCAUUCCAAGAAGACAAGUGUAUAGAAAAAGUUAAAAAGUUCCUUGAUGAGAUCUCCUCUAACGUCAGCAAAGGGUCCAGUGGGCUGGAGGACGCAGUGGUCCUCAAGGAGGGGGAAGUACAGAAACGAGCCCAGGGGAAAAAACGCCUUGGCAAGAAAAACUUUUCAAAGAGAUGGCUCAGAGUGACCAACAGGGAGCUCUCCUACCACAAACAAAAAGGGAAAGAGGCCCUCUGCAUCAUCAAUGUCAAGACUAUCCAGGCGGUGGAGAAACUAGAUGAAAGUGCCUUUAACCGCAAAAAUAUGUUCCAGGUGGUCCACUCUGAGAAGCCUCUGUAUGUGCAGGCAGGAAACUGUGUGGAGGCCAGUGAGUGGCUGGAGGUCCUGGGCCCGGUCAGUCGCUGCAACGAGGGACGCUUCUCCACCUUCCAUCCCUCGAAUUACACCAGUGGAGCCUGGCAGUGCUGCAAAAACCAGAGUAACAACGCACCGGGCUGUAAGCCCUGCACAACCACCGUGCUGGCCAACCUGCAGCUGGACAUCGACUGCGACCGGGAAACGGAGAGAAUUUUCUCUCUCCUCUCCUCGAACGAUACCAAGCUCCAGAACAUGGAGGACGCAUGUGCCAGUAUGGCGGUGUAUCAGGGCCCUCAGCGGGAGCAGGAGGACUACUCCAAGUUUACCAUUCAGGAACCCAAAGAGACCUUUCAGACGCUCAAACAGCUCCGAAUCGUCAUGGAGGAACUUCAGAAGCAGCACAACAUCAGGAGUGACACCACGGCGCAGUACGGGAGCCUGGACAACCCCAUCGUAGGGAAAACCUCUUAACCUCUUUGGAAGGUGUGGCCUGAAACGGCCAUAGCAGCAGGUGUCGGAAGCCUCCACGGUCCUAAAGGAGUCACUGGAGUUGUCCCAGUGAGAGCAGAGCGCCCGCUGUGUGACCAGGAGAUGCACCCUGACCUCCAGACAGCAUGAGUCCACUACAGCAGUGACCGCCUAAGAAGGGGAAUCAGAACGAGCUUCUCUCCUCUGUCCUUGAAAUGAACAAAGCCCUUUGGUGUUGUCGUUUUCUUUGGCAGUGCGUCGCCUCAUCUCCUCCCCUCCUCUGGUCCCUUUUUAAAGACUCUUUUCUCGUCUUAAUUUAUGUCCUCUUUGACGUCUAUGGCUGUUUUUUUAAAAAGGCAUCAUUACAGUAGAUAGUGUGUGUGUGUGAAUAGGCUGCUAAUCUUUUUUUUUAUUCACCAAAUUCUUUUCCACCAAACAGCUGUGAUGAUGCUCUCUCAAAUCUUUUUGAAGUUUUUCUCUGAAUAUCUGUCUUUUUAGAGUUGAUUUAAUAAUCAUCGUUGUCUAUUUGAGCCCCGUUUUAUCUUUCUCUACUCUUCUAAGGCCGGUCCACAGCAAGAACGAUAACUAUAUCAAUAACUAUGAGAGCUGAUUAACGGUAAUCUUCUGUAAUCAGCGGGGCCACGAACGCGUCGCACGCUCCAGCUGGGUCGGAUGUGACGAUCUGUAAACUCAGAAGGAUUUUGAUUGGCUGUCGGUGUUUCUAUCGUGCAUCAAAUCGCUCUGAAAACGAUUCCAACGAUGCUGUUUGUUGUGAUAGUUGUGGCAUGGACUCCUCUUUACGGUAUAUUUAUAGUUCUUGUUCUAGGUGUGGAUGGCCCGUAAGUGUCCGUUCUCUUCUGAACAGUUGUGUGUGUGUGUGUGUGUGUGUGUGUGUGUGUGUGUGUGUGUGUGUAUCUUUCAGAGGACAGUGGAGUAGAUGGAACCGAUCUGCCUUACUUUGAUGGAUGUUUCUUUCACAUUAAAAGCUUAGGGAAUGAUGCAGAAGCACUUUAAAUAUUUGGAGCACUCCAAAUGGAAAUGAUUAGAUACUUGUUAUCAGCUUUCCCCAUUUUGAUCAGUUCCAUGAUCUUGAGUAAUCUUUUUGUUUAAUUUGUGUAUAAUUACAUUUAUAGCCUGUAGAUUUUAAGAUAUUUUUCUUGACCAAAGACAGUUUCAUUUUUUUGACUUGAAAAGAAUAAUAACGUAUUUUGAAUACAAAGGUUUAAAAAUGGAGAAAA